GUUUGCGGCAGUUACGCCUGCGUCGCUUUUACGCAUACUCCCUCGAACCCAAACAAAAAGAGAAACUGCGAUCAAUCAGCGGCCGAUCCGCGUUUCUCUGGUUCCGUGCGGCCGUAUCGAGUCCCUCAGGAUCAUCUCCGUCCCUCCAGAAACGGUCCAAAGGAGUGGGAGCCGGUAAAGGGGGUGGUUUUACCGGAGCCGGUCCGGAUCAGCGCAGGUUCGGUUCGGGCUCAGUUUCGAGUCUGUAGGAAGUGAUGCGGGGGGAAAUGUCAACUAUGAUCAUCUAAUGACCAAAAGAGCAUCAGAAGCACACAAAGAGAAGUCAUUUCUCCUGCUUUUACACAGAGAUUCAGAACCGAUCCGGUUCGGCUGGAGAGUGGGAUUAGCUUUAGCUUUAGCAUGACAGCAGGGAUGCGCUGAGUCGGAGCUAUUUCAUUAUCUUUCCACAGGCUAACGGAUGUUCCGGCCGUCUCCAUGGAGUUUCCUCAGAUGACACGUCGCUUCACUGCUCGGGGAUUUGGGGCAUGGUGACUGCUGUCCGUCAGCCAGUGGGCGUCUAGCAGGGGUCCUGAAGGAAGACCUCCGAAACAGGACGAGGGAAACAGAACGAGAGCGACAUGGGUCAGUGUGUGACUAAAUGCAAAAACCCCUCGUCCUCUCUGGGCAGUAAAAGCGACGCUGGGAAAUCUCACGGAAAGAAAGGCGGCACUGGCGGCGCGCACAAGGAUGAAGUCGCCAAGUCCUCUGUCGACGUUAUUUACAACGGCACCAAAGAGGUCACCGUGGAGGGCGGCGUGGCUCCGACCCUCUCAGCGCUGGACGUUCGGAGGGACCAGCCCACGCAGGACGGGGACGGCGUGUCGCUCGCUCGGAUACACGAAAUGUUCUUGUGUUAUAAGGACGAGCACGAGGAUGCCAUCCUGGAGGAGGGGAUGGAGCGCUUCUGCAACGACCUGUGCGUCGACCCGGCCGAGUUCAGAGUCCUGGUGCUGGCGUGGAAGUUCCAGGCCGCUACCAUGUGCAAGUUUACAAGGAGGGAGUUUGUGGACGGCUGUAAGGCGAUCCAGGCCGACAGUAUCCCGGGAAUCUGCUCUCGGUUCUCCAUGCUGCUAGAGGAGUCUCGAGGAGAGGAGAGUUUCAAAGACCUGUACCGGUUCACCUUCCAGUUCGGGCUGGACGCGGAGCAGGGCCAGCGCUCCCUCCAGCGCUCCAUCGCCAUCGCCCUGUGGCGGCUCGUCUUCACGCUGGACUCGCCGCCGGUGCUGGAGCGCUGGCUCGACUUCCUCUCGGACAACCCGUGCGCCGUGCGCGGCAUAUCCCGCGACACCUGGAACAUGUUUCUGAACUUCACGCAGAGCAUCGGGCAGGACCUCAGCAACUACAGCGAGGACGAGGCCUGGCCCAGCCUCUUCGACUCGUUCGUGGAGUGGGAGACGGAGCGGCGGCGGAGGGAACGAGCCGAAGAGGGCUCGGGGGCGGAUCCUCCCUUGGAAUGCGAGCCGGGGCCUUGAGGCGGAUGGCGUGUGCGCGUGUGUGUGUGUGUGUGGAGGUGUUUCUGAGCCCGUCACUCUCCAUCCGGAUUCUAGAUAUUGUUAUGAGAUUUUUGGUCUUAUCGCAUUGGGCAUCCCAGUGCGCUCUCUUGACUUUUGUUUUAAUGAAAGGGCUCCAGACGAAAUGUUUUUUAAGCACUUUUAUUUAAGUUAUUGCUGUUCAUUUUAUUUGUUUUAAAAUUCACAUUUCAUCCAGAGCGGUUUCUUCUCGCUAAUGUUUUGGGAUUCACCUGCACGCCAAAGAAAAGGGAAUUCUGUCAGCUGCCUAACGAGUUUAAAUACACACACACACACAUACACACACUAACACAACAACUCACACACACUCAAAAGCACACGCACACUCUUUCUCUCUCUCUCCCUCACACACACAUUUAUGCACUAAAGAAACCCACACAUGCAUAUGGCAGCAGAACUGCUGUUCUGAACGGUUAUAUUCGGGCUUGUGUCGGCUGAGGAGUGUGUGUUGGUAAGCCUGCUUCUGUUGACUGCAGUGAUUGGUGUAUCGAAGCCUCAGCUUAAUUUCUCAUGUUCUUCUCAUCACUCAUGUCCCUUCUCAUGCAUUCAUUCAUUCUGCUAUUCACUCAUGUAUUCUCAACGGUCAGGUGUGUGUGUGUGUGUGUGUGUGUGGGGGGGGAAAUACAGAUUAAUUUGCAGUUGGAUGUCUGCUGUGAGCUUUUUCUUUUCUUUUACCGUUUACAUUAUUUUGUUUUAAUUCAAAGUGAUUUCAUUUCAUCUUUUGUGUCUGGUUUUAUAUAAAUGAUACAGUUUAUAAUGAAUAAAAAUGUGUUGAACAUUGGA